GAUAAGGGUUCGUGAACAUGACGCAAUUGAAUCUCCAUGGAUGUGAAGGCAUAAUUGAAUUAGAUCUUUUGAUGAAGCCUGAUUACUUCCCCACAUUGGAAAGAAUAGAUCUAUUUAGAAACAAUAUUGUUACUGUCCCUGAAAGUAUUAGCAGAUUUCCCAGAUUAAAAUCACUUUAUAUUAGGGAUUGCAAACUUCUUCGUGAAAUUCAAGGACUUCCACAUGCAAAGAAUUGUAUGUUGUUGGAUACCCAAUCACCAAGCGGGCUAUUGAAUCAGGUAAUAGAAAUUAUUCGGAUUUUACCAAGUAGAGUAUGUGGUAGGGACAUAUUAAUGGAUCCACAGUUAACCAAUUACUUCCCAUCUAAAACUGAGGGUGCUGAAUAUGAAGAUGGGGACAUAUCAAUGGAUGCGCAAUUCUCCAAUAAUUUCCUAUCUGAAAUUGAGGGCGUUGAAUAUGAAGAUGGGGACAUUGAUCGUACUAUUUAUUUUUGGGGAACUGGGAUGCCGAAAUGGUUUAAUCAUCAAAGUGUUGAUAAUUCCAUAUUUUUCUUUGUUGGUCGCAAAUUUCCAAAACUGGCUGUCUGUAUUGUUCCUGGACGAGAGUUUGUUUGUGUCUCUGUUCACAUUUCCAUCAAUGGUUAUAAAAAAUCAGGUUUGUAUUUUCGAGGUUUGUCUAGAUUUACAAGAAAGAUGCCACAUUUAUUUGAUGAGUUCAAAUUUUUCCUUGCAGAAAAUAAUCUAUUUUUAUUUUCUUUAACUCAAAGGUCUCUGCAGAGACAUUUGAAUAAAUCAAAUCCAACUGACCAGAAUCUUGUUGAGGUUUCAAUUACAUAUAGCAAGAAUGGGUAUUCUGUAAAAAGGUUGGCGGUCCAAGAAGAUGAUGCUGUUGAUUACUGGCCAACUUCGAAGAAACUGUGGACAUUUUGAUGACCUCCGAAGAAAUAUGCCUUAAUCAAAAAAUCACAUUGAAACUAUUUCUCCUCUAUCGUUUCGGUACGGCUUCUUUUGCAUUUGAU